ACAGUUCAAGGUUGCUCCAACUCUCCCAACCAACUCUCCUCAACCUCGUCUUCUCCGCCUCCAUCCUUACAUUACUCUUCCGGACUCACUCUCACAGACACAAACACUCUCUGUUUCUUUCUUCUCCUUUCUCUUCUGGCAAUGGCUUCCAACCCUUUCCUCUCCAGGCCCACUCUCUCCAACACCUCCAUUUCCUUCUCUUCCUCCACCUCCACCUCCCUCCCCGCGCAUUUUCUACGCAACCCCUCGUCCGCGAAUUAUUCCCGGCGGAGGAUUCUCUCCGUCCGAUCCAAGAUCAGGGAGAUCUUCAUGCCGGCCCUCAGCUCCACAAUGACCGAGGGCAAGAUCGUCUCCUGGAUUAAGUCUGAGGGCGACCGCCUCUCCAAGGGCGAAAGCGUCGUCGUUGUCGAGUCCGAUAAGGCCGACAUGGAUGUCGAGACCUUCUACGAUGGUAUCCUCGCCGCCAUCGUCGUACCCGAGGGUGAGUCUGCCCCUGUCGGCGCUCCCAUCGGCCUCUUGGCCGAGACCGAGUCAGAAAUCGAUGAGGCCAGAGCCAAAGCCACCUCCAAAUCCGCUCCUUCUAGUCCCAAAGCCGUUACUCCCACUCCUCCACCUCCUACUUCCACUCCAGCUCCUGCAAUUUCUCAGCCUCCCCCUCCGCCGGCUAAGCCAGCUUCUGACGGCCCGAGGAAAAUCGUAGCAACCCCGUUUGCGAAGAAGCUAGCUAAGCAGCACAAGGUCAAUAUCGAAUCAGUGGUGGGGACCGGGCCAUUCGGUCGAGUCACACCGGCCGAUGUGGAGACCGCGGCGGGAAUCACGCCUUCGAAGGGUAUUGGAACCAAUGCCGGUUCGAACAUCGUCUCUCAGCCGACGCCACCAAGACCCGCCCCCUCUGUGGCUGCUCCACCUCCGGUUCCUGGCUCCACAGUCGUGCCCUUCACGACAAUGCAAGCGGCAGUGUCGAAGAACAUGGUGGACAGCCUCGCCGUGCCCACUUUUCGCGUUGGUUAUCCAGUGACAACGGAUGCUCUCGAUGCACUGUAUGAGAAGGUGAAACCAAAAGGUGUGACCAUGACUGCGCUGUUAGCCAAGGCUGCAGCGAUGGCGCUGGUUCAGCACCCAGUUGUCAAUGCGACCUGUAAAGAUGGAAAGAGCUUUGCGCACAAUAGUAGCAUAAACAUUGCUGUUGCUGUGGCUAUCGAUGGUGGGUUGAUAACCCCUGUUCUUCAAGACGCGGAUAAGUUGGAUUUGUAUCUGUUAUCGGAAAAAUGGAAAGAGCUACUGAAGAAGGCUCGGGCGAAGCAACUUCAGCCUAAUGAGUAUAAUUCAGGAACUUUCACUUUAUCCAAUCUGGGCAUGUUUGGAGUGGACAGAUUUGAUGCUAUUCUUCCUCCAGGCCAGGGGGCUAUCAUGGCUGUUGGAGCAUCGAAGCCUACCGUUGUGGCUGAUGCAGAUGGAUUUUUCAGUGUAAAAAGUAAAAUGCUGGUGAAUGUAACAGCAGAUCACCGGAUUAUUUACGGUGCUGACUUGGCUGCCUUUCUUCGGACAUUCGCAAAGAUUGUCGAGAACCCAGAAAGCCUGACAUUGUAGAUGUUGUAUCAGGUUACUAAAUCUGAAAGCUUGCCCCAGCAAGGGCCUGUUUUGUUAGAAAGUUGAGUGAUCUUAUACAAUCCUUAGCCGUUUAGCAGGUGUCGAUAUGCAUGCCUAGACAUUGAGAAUGAUUUUAUUGUCAUUUGCCAUCAUGCUUCUUCAAGGUGAGAAGAAUUUGGCCAUUUUGUAUUGCAGUCGGGGGAAAAACAGGAACCCUUAACAGCUCCUUAUGAUUAGAACCUUAAGUAUCACUGCUAAAUGAUCUGUUUUUUCUUAAA